CUCCAGCAUCGCGAGGCUCUGUGGAGGUGCGGGGGCAGCGUGCUCGUGUGCUCAUCAGGAGCACCGAAGUCCGUUAGCUACAGGAGAGCAGAUCUGCCUGCGUCACGGCAAGAGCAAUAGAACGCUGAGAGAGAGCGAGAGAGAGAGAGAGACAGGAAAAGUGAGAAGGAAGGAGGAAAAAAAAGCUGGGAAGAGCUCAAACACUGAGAGUGAGAAAGAUCAGAAAGCCCGCAGCUCCAGAGUAAGAGAGAGAGAGACAGAUUGAGGAACCCAGCGGAACAGCGAGGGUGACUGAGGGCGAGAGUCCGCGUGAAGAAGACUUGUGUGUGGCUGCCCGUGUGUGUGUGUGUGUGUGUGAAUGUGUAAGUGCUUGUAAGUGAGUGUUCUCAUAUCGCAUGCGGGAGAGAGGUGCGUGUGUUCUCAGUGUGGUGCCUCGUUUCGUUCUUUCUCUCUUACGCGUGCACACACACACCCGCCCCCCACCUCCCCACACACACACACACACACACACACUAUCUCCCUCAUGCUCUGUGGAGCCGGAGGACAGUGCAGACUCUGGGAGUCGCACGCGAGUCUGGGCUGCCGACACACUGUGAAGAGCUCCGAGACGCACAUGCUCGACCCGCUACCUGCCCACUCUGUGACGGCGUAGGACGACAUACACACUUGCGCGCAAACGCGCGCACACACGCACUCAGGCAUGGAUUCAUUGGCAAGUGACACAGACGGACUGGAAAACAACUCCAUGAAGUACGGGAGGACUGAGCAGACCGAGCGAAUGUGGCUCCGGCUGAGGGGAAUGCAGAAGUAUAAGAACACCUGUCAGAGGCUGAGAUGUCUGGUGAAGCAGUUGGAUAAGGGAGAAGUAAAUAUCGUGGACCUAAGGAAGAACAUCGAGUAUGCAGCCUCAGUCCUGGAAGCGGUGUACAUCGACGAAACGCGGCGCCUGCUGGACACCGAGGAUGAGCUCAGUGACAUCCAGGCGGACUCCGUGCCCAUGGAGGUACGGGAUUGGCUGGCGUCCACUUUCACCCGGAAGAUGGGCGUGGUGCGGCGGCGGCCGGAAGAGAAACCGCGGUUCCGCAGCAUCGUUCACGCCGUGCAGGCGGGAAUCUUCGUGGAGAGAAUGUACAGGAGGACAUCCAACAUGGCGGGGCUGACGUACCCUCCCGCUGUGAUUCUCGCCCUGAAGGACGUCGAUAAAUGGUCUUUUGACGUUUUCACGCUUCAUGAGGCCAGCAGUGAACAUGCCCUGAAGUUCCUGGUGUACGAGCUGCUCACCAGAUACGACCUGAUCAACCGCUUCAGGAUACCUGUAUCUUCUCUGGUGGCUUUUGUGGAGGCUCUGGAGCUGGGUUACAGCAAGCACAGGAACCCCUACCACAACCUGAUCCACGCUGCCGACGUCACACAGACUGCACACUAUCUGAUGCUCCACACUGGUGUCAUGCACUGGCUCACCGAACUGGAAAUACUGGCCAUGGUGUUUGCUGCUGCUAUCCACGACUUUGAACACACUGGGACCACCAACAACUUCCACAUCCAGACCAGGUCAGAGGUGGCCAUACUCUACAACGACCGCUCCGUCCUCGAGAACCACCAUGUGAGCGCCGCCUACAGACUCAUGCAAGAGGACGAGAUGAACAUCUUGAUCAAUCUGUCCAAAGAUGAUUGGAGAGAACUCCGCACCCUGGUGAUUGAGAUGGUGAUGAGCACGGAUAUGUCCUGUCAUUUCCAGCAGAUUAAAACUAUGAGAGGCUGUCUACAGCAGCCAGAGGGAGUAGACAAAGCUAAAGCCCUCUCUCUGUUGCUGCACGCGGCUGAUAUCAGCCACCCAGCCAAGGGCUGGAAACUUCACUACCGCUGGACCCAAGCACUUAUGGAGGAGUUCUUCAGACAGGGUGAUAAAGAGGCAGAACUAGGGUUGCCCUUUUCUCCGCUGUGUGAUCGUAAGGCCACCAUGAUUGCACAGUCUCAGAUAGGCUUCAUUGAUUUCAUCGUGGAGCCCACGUUCUCUGUGCUUGUGGACAUCACAGAGAAGAUCAUCACUCCUCUCAUAGAGGAAGCCUUACACACAGGCAGCGCAGGGGGCCGCAGAUCCAGUUUGACAGGCCGAGGCUCAGCUGCUGUGGUGGAGUCUGUUCAGAGACACAGCGAGCGAGACUUGGGCGACCAGCACGCUGUGGCCAGUGAUUACUCCCUUACAGGCAUCGACCUCAAACAGGUCCGGCACUCGCUUGCCGAGGUCAUCCAGAGCAACAAAGAGCGCUGGAAGGAGUUGUCUGUUCAAGAACUGGCCAAUAAGGAACGUGAGCAACGUUUCGAGCAGGAGGCAUUGUCUAGAAAAGCAGAUGCUACACUGUCUCCUGGCAGCCCAGCCCGGGCGAGUCACGAUUCAGAGUCAAAGUCCAUCAGCCCAGCUCGGGUGAGUCACGAUUCGGAGUCAAAGUCCAUCAGUGAACUGAACCACACAGACUCCCUCCACUCCUCCCCGGACUCUCAGGGACACGGCUCUCGCUCGCCUGGGGGCGAUCUGGACAAGGGCUCGCCUGACGCCAGCCCUGAAGCCCGGCCCAGCUCACAGCCUCUACCGUGGAACGGCAAAGCGGCCUGACGUGGGUGACCCUCUACCUGACCCUUGGAGUGGGGGCCCAGAGCGCCGACACUGUGUGUGUGUACUGUGGUAUACUGCCAUGCUGAUGAGGGUGAUGUACGUAGCACUGUGCCCAUUUCAUCCUAAUGCUACUGUGUCCUUAGCGGUCAGAGGGGGCGUCACACUGACGGAGAGUUUCGACGCGUCCAUGACACCGAGCAUCGUCACAGAGAUGGCGAAAUAUACUGUGUUGUCAUGGAAACCUUGUUUUUGCAGCAGGAGGAGGAGGAGGAGGUCAGCCCUUGAGGGAUAAUCACUCAGCCUCCUAAAUGCACCACUGCCUUUUCAUCCAAGCUGUUUCAUUCCUUUAUUUUUGUAAAUUAGUCAUUUUAUUUUUGUUUGUUUUUUGUCCAUUAUCUGUAAAGUUAUUUAUUAAAGAUUGUUCUGCUUCCCUUUAAAUCAUAA